AUGGCAAGUAAACCGGAGGAAGAAUCAACAGCAUCAAGUUCAACUAGCACAAGUGAUCAAUCAUCAAAAUGGCAAGCAUAUUGGGAUGAGAAUUACAAACGUUAUUACUGGUCAGAUGGAACUGAAUCGGUAUGGGAAACACCUAAGGGUUGUAUAGAACCACCACCACCAACAUCUGAUACAUCAAACACCGAUGAACAACAGUACUCUACUGGUGAAUACGCUCUCGCAAUGAGUUACGCAAAUAGUCAAACUGAUCUUCGCUAUCAACCAUAUGUAAUUCCUCCCACUAUUCCCAGUACGAUCAGUACGGGUAAACGACUUGUUGGACAAGAUUCGCGUGAUCUUCGCCAAUUGUAUCAUUAUUUCGAUUAUAAUGCAUGGAAUGAAGAAUUGAAUCGUACAAAUGGAAAUCAAAAGAAAAAAGUCAAACUAACGAAGAAAGAGCUUGAUGCGAUAAAAGCACGUCGGGCAGCGAUUAAAAGAAAACAUCGUGACAAAUGGUUACUCGAAGACUAA